CUCUUUGCUCGCUGGCACUCUCAUCUCUGUCUGACCAGAAGGCAGCAGCAGUCACUGGCUUUGUAAACAUACGUGCUGCGCUGCUUUGUUUCGGAACCGCCACCAUUGUGGGUCUCUCUCUAGCCAUGCCAUGGAUAUUUUGUGGCAAUAUCAGUUCAGGAUAAUUUUGCUAGGAGACUCGACCGUAGGGAAAUCAUCUUUGCUGAAGCGGUUUACAGAUGGAAUUUACAGCGAUGUAGCAGAUCCAACGGUCGGUGUUGAUUUUUAUGCCCGUUCGCUAGACAUCGAGCCAGGGAUUAAAAUCAAGCUUCAACUGUGGGACACGGCUGGACAGGAACGAUUUAGGUCCAUCACCACUUCCUACUACCGUAACUCAGUGGGCGGGCUCCUCGUGUUCGACCUGACCAAUCACAAGACCUUCGACCACGUGAGGGAGUGGCACAAGGAAGUGAGCGAACACAUCCUGCCGCACCACAUGGUCUACAUCCUGAUUGGCCACAAAAGCGACCUAAACAAGGACCGGAAGGUGACGCGGGACGAGGCUGAGCAGCUGGCGGCGGAGAUGGGAAUCCGCUAUGUGGAGACGUCGGCUAAGUGCAACAGCAACGUGGACCGGACCUUCGAGCUGCUCAGCAGGGACAUCUAUGAGCUGAUGAAGAUGGGGGAGAUCACCACGAGGGACGGAUGGGAUGGGGUGAAGAGCGGUCUCACCACCAGGGUCCUGUACCCGGGCGAAGAGGACAUUGAGGUGGAGCCGAGGGAGAAGAGCUGCAACUGCUGAGAGACUGACCCUCGAUCCCUGACCCCUGACCUCAUCAAUGGUCAUGUUCAUUAGGCACCAAACGGAAGAAAAUGGAUUGGAACAGAGAGGGACUACCUGGAAUUGUCCAAUAAGAAACACUAAUUUAUCUUUUCCGUUGCGAAACGUUUUAGAACGUGUUCCCUAAUAAAUACGACGCAUGUCUCCACUGUUGUUCCCCCUCUCUUAUCUCCACAAGUAUCUCACAUCAUCUCACAGUUUAGUCAGUUUCCCAUUGAAACUAAGCCACGGUCUAAAGUGAGGCCCUUGUCCUGUGACAUCAUCGUCACGCGUCCACAUGUCACCAUAUGCUUAGCGUAGCUAGCCUGCCUUUCCCCUCUGUAUUAGUUCCUACAGAGGUCAGGAUGGGGCUGUUUUCUGAUGGGAGUACAUAAUACACAUCCUGUAGUACACAUCUUGAUGUGACUAAAGCUUCUCUACGAACACUGGUGUAAAUCCUUGCAGUGGACAAGCAUCAUACAUGUACAUGCUAAGCCUACACAGUUUAGCAUCACCUGGGUAGCUUUGGGCCCAGUUAGGUAAGGCAGGCACAGAGGCUGCGUUUACACAGGCAGCCCAAUUCUGAUGUUUUGCACAAUUAUUGUUAUUUUGACCAUUGAGAAAAGGCCUUUUGCCAAUAAUUUGGCAAAAGAUCACAUUUGGGCUGCCUGUGUAAACGCAGCCAGAGACACCUGUAUGACAGCGAUCAGGCCUUGGGGUAUUCCAGUACGUAUCCUAUUCCUUCCUGGCAGCAUCCUAUUCCUUCCUGGAUGCCCUUUACUGCCGCAGGAGUUAUUGGAUUCUUAAGCAGGCAAGGUCUUUGCUGGUGGACUAUGCAUUAUUGCGGUCUGGCAUCACUCCCAUUACGUUGUUGUGGGUUGACGUCUGUCUGGCUAAGUGUGUGUGUGUGUUUGCGUGUGUGUGUUUGCGUGUGUGUGUGUAUGUGUGUGUGUGUGCCGUUGCUCUGCCUGCAGUCCCCUGAGACUGUACAUCAUGUCCGGUAUGGUCAGUGGUAGAAAAAGUACCCAAUUGUCAUACUUGAGUACAAGUAAAGAUCACCCAGUAAAAUACUGCUUGAG